AUGCAGAAGGACUCCGGCCCACUAGUGCCUUUACAUUGGAUUGGCUUUGGCUAUGUAGCACUGGUUGCUCCCGGCGGGAUCAUUGGCUAUGCAAAAGCAGGCAGUGUCCCAUCCCUGGCUGCCGGGCUCCCGUUUGGUGGACUAGUGAGCCUCGGUGCCUAUCAGCUGUCUCAGGAUCCAAGGAACAUUUGGGUUUUCUUAGUUACAUCUGGAACCUUGGCUGGCAUUAUGGGAAUGAGAUUCUACCACUCUGGAAAAUUUAUGCCUGCAGCCUUAAUUUCAGGUGCCAGUUUGCUGAUGGUCGCCAAACUUGGAAUUAGUGCUUUGGGUAAACCCCAUCAGUAGAAGUCAUGGCCCAGCUUGGACUCAUGAAGAAUUUUUAAAUUUUCACUAUUUUUAGCAUAUUAAGAUAAAUAAGUACAGCAUUUUCACAUAUGCUGACA